CGGGUCCUUUAUCUCCGCUCCCAGGAGUCCUCGUCCUUCCUACAGGCAUUUGGCGCGGCUGUCUCUUCUCCCGAACAGUCGUCUGGCAAGCAGACGAAUCAGCCACAAUCGGGGUCUACGCACCCGGUCGGGCAGCAUACAUACCCGGUCGAGCAGUAGCGACAGUUUGGUGCUCCACAGCGCGGACGAGGUCGCGGUCGCGGCAGAGGGUCGCGGUCGCGGCAGAGGCCGCGGAGGCAGGGGCGCGGUCGUGGACACAACUGGGGCGAGCCAUGGGUGUAGGACCUAGUAGCGGGACAACAGCAAGUAGGAACCGGAUAGGAGCACCUCAUGGGAGCACGGGGCAUGGCGGGCCAAGUACAAGCAACGUGCCAUCCGUGAACCAAGGCAAGACCCAAGCUAGGGUCUAUGCGAUGACGGAGGCGGACGCACGUGCUAACCCGGACUCCGUUGCGGGUAAUUCCUUGAACUCACAUUUUAAACUAUGAUAUGCAAUAGGAGGAUUGAACUUGUAAAUUUAUAACCCCGGCGGGUUUUGUCGGGUUUGAAGGGGAAAGGGGGAGGAGAAUCCUCGCCCUGGGCGAAUGCCGCCCGACUUUGACGAAAGCCGCCCGGCUUUCGUCUUGACUUAUUGGAAAAAAUACUACGGCGCUCGAUGCCGGCCGGCUUUCGUAGGAACAGGCCGGCUUUCGUAAAUGAUUAAUCCGGGGAAUUUCUCGCAGCUGAAAACCGACCGGCUUUCGUAGAAACCGGCCGACAUUUGUAAUUAAGCACCUGAAUAAACUGCGGCGCCAAAAACCGUCCGGCUUCAGUGAAAGCCGCCCGGCAUUCGUUGAGCCUGGGGAUUCCUGCGCUGUUGAAACCCGGCCGGGUUUCGUAGAAACCGGCCUGCUUUGAAACCCAUUUUAUGAAUAAAACGAUGGCGACGAAAACCGGCCGGCUUUCGUGAUUUAUGUACGAGGAAUUUUUCUCGCAGACGAAACCCCACCGGCUUUCGUGAAAAGCGGCCGGCUUUUCCCCUGUUAAUGCACAAGGUCGGUUUUCGAGGGUGAGAACCGAGCGGGUUAUGACGGGACGUUGAACGACUACCAUCUGAACCGUAGUUGGUACAUUCUUUAACCAAAGAAGCAAGUCUAUACUUGGUAGUGUGUCUUACAUCGCUUAUGAAUGUAGGAACACUAAAGAUAAACGGGAGAGAUGCAAGAAUCCUUAUUGAUACCGGGGCGCAACGAUCAUUUGUGAGUGAGGCGUUUGCCGGGGGAUUCAAUGAACCGCUUGUACCGAUGACUCAAACCCUACUGGUGUCCACACAUCUAGGGGAUGAUAUCGAAAGAAAUAGCCACUAUCCAUCGUGUGAGGUGGAAGUGGAGGGCCAAACAUUGACGUGUGAUUUUGUACUGCUGAGUAUGAUCGAGUUCGAUGCAAUCCUAGGAAUGGAUUGGCUUGAGAAACAUCAUGCUAGGGUCGAUUGCUACACAAAGGUUCUUGAACUUGAAAGCGGUGAAGGACUUAACUUACGCCUUGAGGGAGAUAGAGACAAAUCAAACAGUUAUAUCAUAUCCGUCGUGAGGGCGAGGAAUAUGAUGAGAAAGGGAUGUCAUACAUAUCUAGCAUACGUGGUGGACAAAACCAAAGAAGAGGUAGACAUCAAUGAUGUGAGAAUAGUGUGCAAGUAUCCGGAUGUCUUCCCAAAAGACUUGCUGGGACUUCCACCCGAUAGGGAGAUUGAGUUCGUGAUCGAGGUUGAACCCAGCACCAAACCAAUCUCUAUACCGCCAUACAGAAUGGCACCCGCUGAACUUAAUGAGUUGAAAACCCAAUUGCAAGAGCUAUUGGAUAACGGUUUCAUAAGGCCGAGUCACUAUCCGUGGGGAGCACCGGUCCUUUUCGUGAAAAAGAAAGAUGGAACACUUCGAAUGUGCAUUGACUACCGUCAGCUGAACAAGGUCACAAUCAAGAAUAGGUAUCCCUUGCCUAGGAUUGAUGAUUUGUUUGAUCAGCUCCGAGGAGCGAUGGUGUUUUCGAAGAUUGACUUGAGGUCGGGGUACCACCAACUGAAGAGAAAGGAGGAUGACAUACCGAAGAGUGCAUUCCGCACAAGGUAUGGUCAUUUCGAGUUCCUAGUUAUGUCGUUCGGGCUAACCAACGCCCUGACGGCAUUUAUGGACUUGAUGAACCGAGUAUUUCAUAAAUACUUGACCGGUUUGUGAUUGUGUGCAUAGAUGAUAUCUUGAUUUACUCUAAGAGUGAAGAAGAGCAUGAGGAGCACUUGAUACUUGUCCUUGAGACACUACGGGAGAAGCAACUCUAUGUCAAGUUUUCCAAAUGUGAAUUUUGGCUAAGGGAGAUUUGCUUUCUCGGGCAUGUGGUUUCGGGAUCAGGGAUUGUCGUGGAUAACAAGAAAAUUGAGGCCAUUACUGAAUGGGAAAGGCCAAAGAACGUCAAGGAAAUUCAUAGCUUCCUUGGAUUGGCAGGGUAUUACCGAAAGUUCGUGGAGAAGUUCUCAGUUUUGGCAUCGCCAUUGACAAAGCUCACUCGAAAAGGGGCCAAGUUUGUAUGGGAUGACCGGUGUGAGAAGGGAUUCCUUGAACUGAAGAAGAGAUUGACCGAGGCACCGGUACUUGCAUUACCCCGACAGGGUAUGGGGUACGAUGUUUAUAGUGACGCGAGCAUCCAAGGGCUUGGAUGUGUCUUGAUGCAGAAUGGGAGGGUGAUUGCCUAUGCUUCACGACAGUUGAAGAAGCAUGAGGUAAAUUAUCCUACUCAUGACUUAGAGCUAGGGGCAGUGGUAUUUGCAUUGAAGAUUUGGAGACAUUAUCUCUACGGGGAAACAUGUCAUAUAUACACUGACCACAAAAGCCUGGAAUACGUGUUUACUCAGAAAGAGUUAAACAUGAGAUAGAGACGGUGGAUGGAGUUGAUAAAAGACUACCAUCUAGUUAUCGAGUACCACUCCGGUAAAGCCAACGUGGUAGCGGAUGCCCGAUUGGAGGUAUCUAGCGAUGGUGCCUUGUUAGCUAGAUUCGAGGUGAGACCUACAUUACUUGAUGAAAUCAAGAAGGGUCAAGAAACUGAUGAAGAGCUUAUGAAGGUCCGUGAACGCAUGCUAGCGGGACCGGUUGAGGAUUUCAGGGAAAGAGACGAUGGUCUCUUAUUAUUUCGUGACCGAAUGUGUGUACCGUCAGAUGAUGGGCUCCGAAAGUCCAUCUUAGAGGAGGCUCAUUCAUCCGGGAGGCACGAAAAUGUAUCGUGAUUUGAAAGAAAGUUACUGGUGGUCGGGUAUGAAGAGAGAAAUAGCCGAGUACAUCAGUAGGUGUCUUACUUGUCAGCAAGUUAAGGCAGAACAUCAGCAUCCAACUGGGUUAUUACAGCCACUUUCCAUUCCCGAAUGGAAGUGGGAACACGUGACUAUGGAUUUCGUGGUGGGGCUGCCACGGACGAUUAAGAACUAUGACGCCGUAUGGGUUGUGGUCGAUAGGCUCACGAAGAGUGCACACUUUCUACCUAUCAACACCACCUAUGCACUGGAGAGGUUAGCCAAGUUGUAUGUGGAUGAGAUCGUGAGACUACAUGGGGUUCCGAUAACCAUUGUAUUCAAUAGAGAUCCGCGAUUCACAUCACGAUUUUGACCGAAGUUCCAAGAAUCUAUGGGAACAAAGUUGAAAUUCAGUACAGCUUUUCAUCCACAAACGGAUGGGCUAUCCGAGCGAGUUAUUCCGAUAUUAGAGGAUAUGCUGAGAGCUUGUGCAUUGGAGUUCCAAGGGAGUUGGGACAACAAUUUGGCACUUGUGGAGUUUGCCUAUAAUAACAGUUAUCACGCGAGUAUAGGCAUGCCUCCAUACGAGGCAUUAUAUGGGAGGAGGUGCCGUACACCUUUGUGUUGGGAUGAGGUUGGCAUGGCCAAACUCGAGAGCACAGAACUGAUGGAGAUCACCAAGUCAAAGGUGAAGAUGAUUGAUGGCUCCAUUCAGUUACCCCCUGCUUAUUCCAUAGAUGCUCUUAACCAUCAAACUCCCAAUCUCGAUUUUUCUACUUGGUUGAGAAUUGAUCAAAGCAUCCGUUCAUGGUUAUUUGCAACCCUAUCUAGGGAUGUUCUUAUUGAUGUGCGUGAUUUAAAACAUUCAUAUGAAAUUUGGGAGCGGUUAGAGUCUUGGUUUAUGUCUGCCAGUUUAGCCAGAUCUAUGGAAUUAAAGCGCUUAUUUAAUCAAAUUAAAAAGAAACCUUAUCAGUCCAUGGAUAAUUAUUUGCGAGAAAUUAAAACAUUAGCUGAUGAUUUUGCCACAAUCAAUUGCCCUGUGCCUCCUCGUGAAAUUUUAAAGACUACUAUUAUGGGACUGGGACCUGAGUAUGAAUCUUUAUUCACUGCUGUGUCAUUAUUUGGACAAAAUUUCCCGUUUGAGACUCUCCGUAAUCAUCUUCUUGAGUUGGAGCAGCGGGCCCUUUAUCUCCGCUCCCAGGAGUCCUCGUCCUUCCAUCAGGCAUUUGGCGCGGCUGUCUCUUCUCCCGGACAGUCGUCUGGCCAGCAGACGAAUCAGCCACAUUCGGGGUCUACGCACCCGGUCGAGCAGCAUGCAUACCCGGUCGAGCAGCAGCGACAGUUUGGUGCUCCACAUCGCGGAUGAGGUCGCGGUCGCGGCAGAGGUCGCGGUCGCGGCAGAGGCCGCGGAGGCAGGGGGCGCGGUCGUGGACAGCAGCAGCAGGCAUAUUGGUACUCCCAGGGGCAGUCACUUUAUUACCCCGGAGGGGGUGGUCAGCCGAGUACACCUGCAGAGGGUGUGACAUCUACGGGCUUGCCAUCAGAUGAGGGUAUUCUUGGGUCUGUUCCCCAUCCUGUUAUCUGUCAAAUUUGCUUUUCUGCAGGUCAUUCAGCCAUUAAUUAUCCUUCUCGUUUCACACAACCGUCCGCCCCUGCUCUAUUGACUACUCCCAGUGACACUACUCCUGCCCUAUGGUUUCCUGAUUCAGGAGCCUGUGCUCAUAUGACUGCAUCUGAAGGUAUUUUAGUUAAUAAAUCUCCCUACAUCGGCUAUAAUUCCGUUAGUGUUGCUAAUGGUGCCCAUCUUCCCAUUUGUCAUGUUGGU